AACAGUAAUGCCCCACUGCGACGCCGGAGAGACAAAAUCGGAAGAAUUAGAAUUGAAGUGUUGAAUGGCGCCACCGAAGUCCAGAGGGCCCACUCAGGCUCAGGGCAUGGACACAAAGAUUCUCUUCUGUUCCUUUCUCCUCGCUCUCCAAUAUGGAGCUCAACCUUUGAUCUCCAAACGCUUCAUCAGGCGUGAAGUUAUUGUCACUUCAUCUGUUUUGUCAUGUGAGAUUGUGAAGGUUAUAUGUGCAGUGUUUUUCAUGGCAAAAGAAGGUAGUCUGAGAAGAGUGUAUAAAGAGUGGACUUUGGUUGGUGCAUUGACUGCAUCAGGAAUUCCUGCAGCUAUAUAUGCACUGCAAAAUAGUUUGUUGCAAAUUUCUUACAAGAAUCUUGAUUCACUCACAUUCUCAAUGCUGAAUCAGACAAAAAUAUUUUUCACUGCAUUCUUUACUUAUUUCAUUUUGAGGCAAAAACAAUCAACUCAACAAAUUGGGGCAUUGUUCUUGUUAAUAGCUGCAGCAGUUCUUCUAAGCAUUGGUGAAGGCUCUAGCAAAGGUUCUGUUGGUGGUAAUGCUGAUCAAAUUUUAUUCUAUGGAAUUAUUCCUGUUUUAGUUGCUUCAGUUCUAUCUGGACUGGCCUCUACCUUGUGUCAAUGGGCCUCUCAGGUUAAGAAACACUCGUCAUACUUGAUGACUAUAGAAAUGUCAAUUGUUGGAAGUCUAUGUUUGCUUACCAGUACCUUGAAAUCUCCAGAUGGAGAAGCUAUGAGACAACAUGGGUUUUUUUAUGGUUGGACUCCUCUAACUUUGAUUCCAGUAAUUUUCAAUGCCCUUGGUGGAAUUCUUGUUGGUUUAAUUACAAGUCAUGCUGGUGGUGUUCGAAAGGGGUUUGUCAUUGUUUCUGCUCUACUUGUUACAGCAUUGCUGCAGUUCAUUUUCGAAGGAAAACCACCUUCAUUGUAUUGCCUUGUGGCUCUUCCACUAGUGGUCAGUAGCAUUUCAAUAUACCAGAAAUACCCCUACCAGGUUAAGAAGAAGGAGUCAUAAAAUCUGACCAAUAUAGGAUGGGGGAGUUAUUACAUUAGUUCCCCACUCACACUCCUUUGUUUUUUAUCUAGAAUAUAAAGCAUCUAGUAAAUGAUAGAAAGCAAGCAUUAUUUUCAAUGUCUUAAGAGUUUUCCUUCUAUUAAUAUUCUGGAACUUUGGAAUGAGUCAUUUAUUUUGGUCUCCUCUCCAAUGUGUGGAUAAAUGUGGUUCAAUUUAAAAUUCGCGUUGUAGAAGACAAUGCCGGUAUAACCUUUGGUGAUAAUGAAAU